AUGUCUACUUCCACCGGAAAACCAAUUUCACUUCCUACAAUCAACGAAGUUGAAGGAUAUAAAACAACGGAGGCUCUGAUAAAAUUUUUAGGCGACCAAAAUAUAGGACUGGAUGAUGAUGAUCUCAAAAUUCUUCGAGAACAAAAACUUGUUGGCGAAGUUCUCCUCAGCUUGAACGUCGAUGAACUUAUGCGAGCUGGGUUAAAACUGGGUCCGGCUAAAAAAAUCUCAACCUGGAUUGAAAAAAUCAAGGGCGAAGGACAGGAUACGGAUGCAAAAGAUCAGAAAAUAAAAGAAUUGGAGGAAAAACUAAUAACACUUCAGCGAGAGAAGAUCGCAACCUCAUCUUCAUCAACUACAAAGCGACGUUUUUCCGAUUUGGAUAAUUAUGAAGAAGAACAACAAAGAAACGUAAAAAAGAUUCGGGAUUACCUUCCCCCAUCAUCCUUUGCACUUAUUAAUAAUCUCAUUAAAUAUCAUGAUAAGGAUAAACAAUUACUUAUUCACCGUCCUCCAGAAUGCGUUGGCCCACCAGUACAAGUUUACAAUGAUGUUUUCAAUCAGUUCCUGCGUGAUUAUCAUAACAAAGAUCUAGAAAUGGGAAAAGAACAUUAUCAAUGGACUCUUGAACUCAUCUAUGAAAUGGCAAAAAUGUAUCAGAAUGAAUCUGAGCGUUCUAAAAAAUUUAGAGAAAAAUUUCGACAAUUGUUCGGCGAAGAAUUAAAAAUAAUUCGCCUAGAUGAUGAUUCUUCAAAUGAUGGUACAUUGGAAUGUAAUUACCAUUCAUUGAGUGUAUUACGCCUACUUGCUGAGAUAAAAAAUGAAAUUGGUACUGGCAAAUGUGAUCCGACUACCCAGGCUGGAGUUUCUUAUGCGAAAUAUUAUACCCAGGAGAAAAAUGAGGAAUUGCUCAAACAAUGCAACUGGCCGUCUUUUAUCUUAUGCUUAGCUGGACCUUGGGUGUGUAUUCUAGGAGCAGUAUACGUUGAGAAACCCAUCGUAGAUCCCUUGACGGACUUCAUACCUCUUAUUCCUACAAACAUUCGAGAUCACGCAGAGCGAGUGGCACGACUAUUCAAAGCUUUGUGUUUGGGAGUUAAUAGGCUAAAGGAGUAUUAUGGAUCGCUAGAUGCACCUUCAAAUCCACAAAAUUCACAGCGGUUUUUUCCUUAUCCGAAUCAAUACAAACAACAAGAUAUAACUAUAGAAUUUACAUAUGAAAAAAAGCUUAUAGAUCAGCCAGACAAGCUUCUUUGGAAAGCUAUAACAAAGGACAGGCGGGAGAUUGUUGUUAAAUUCACGUGGCGUUAUAAUCAGAGGGCACACGAAUUAUGUAGCGAAAUUGGAAAAGCGCCAAAAUUACUCCACGUUAACAAAGAAGUGGUGGAUGGUUUUUAUAUGGUAGUGAUGGAUUAUGUUAAGGCCAAGCCACUUUACAACUGUGGUAGCUCGCUUAGUCAUGAUGAGUGUAAAACGGUUUUCGAGGAUAUCGAAGAAGCUAUCAGCAAAUUGCAUAAGGAAAAUAUCGUCUUUGCUGACCUCCGUGAUUCCAACAUUUUGGUUAACAAAUCUCAAGGUCAAUAUCAAGGAAUGUUAAUAGAUUUCGAUUGGGCUGGUGAGGAAGGAAUUGAGUGCUAUCCAUCUUUUAUGAACCAUGAAUAUAUUAAUUGGCCACCAGGAGCUGAGGAUAGGAAGAAACUGAGUCGGGAACAUGAUACGCAUUGGUUGAAGUUAUUGAAAUCUAAAUACUUAGGUGAUAGUGUGGAUUUAGAAUGA